CUCACGUGACCGAGAAAUGGAACAGUUGAUUCCGAUAAUCAACAAACUUCAAGAUGUCUUCAACACUGUUGGAAGAGACUAUAUUCAGCUUCCACAGAUUGUUGUGACCGGAGCACAGAGUUGUGGCAAGAGCUCGGUACUAGAACAUCUAGUCGGACGAGACUUCUUACCGCGAGGAACUGGCAUUGUAACUAGACGGCCUCUUGUUCUACAGCUGAUGCAUACUGACCCAGAUUCAGAAGAUGGAGAACAAGAGUAUGGGAUAUUCCUUCAUUUGGAUGACAAGAAGUUUACAGACUUUGGAGAAAUCAGAGACGAGAUACAAAGAGAAACAGAUCGCAUAUCUGGAACAAACAAGAAUAUUUCUUCAGAUCCGAUAAGUUUAAAGAUUUUCUCUCCUCACGUAUUGAAUCUUACCCUAGUUGACACACCAGGCAUCACAAAGGUACCUGUAGGUGAUCAACCGGCUGACAUUGAGAGACAAUUGAGGGAGCUUGUUAUGAAUUACAUUAAGAAUCCUAAUUCUAUAAUUCUGGCUGUGACUCCGGCUAAUCAAGAUCUGGCUACGUCGGAAGCGCUGAAGUUUGCGAAAUAUGUUGAUCCUCAGGGUAACCGAACGCUAUGUGUUUGCACCAAGUUGGAUCUAAUGGAUCGUGGAACCGAUGCUAUGGAUGCUCUGAUGGGCAGAAUUGUUCCAGUCAAGCUUGGUAUUAUUGGUGUCGUCAAUCGAAGUCAACAUGAUAUCAAUACCAAUAAGUCGAUACAAGAGGCAGCCAAGGAUGAAAUGAUUUUCUUUCAGCGAAAGUAUCCGGGCUUGGUGGGAAAAUGUGGCACGGCAUACUUAGCAAGAGUAUUGAAUAUGCUGUUAAUGCAUCAUAUCAAGGAAUGCCUACCUGAUCUAAAGACUCGUAUCAACGUGAUGAUUUCCCAGUAUCACUCUAUGCUAGCAACCUACGGUGAGCCUGUCGAGGAAAAGGGUCCUCAACUACUUCAAACCAUAACCAAGUUUGCAUCAGCUUACUGUGACACAAUAGAAGGGACAGCAAAAGACAUCCAGACAGCUGAACUAUGUGGUGGGGCUCGAAUUUGCUAUAUUUUUCAUGAAACGUUUGGUCGAACGCUGGAAUCAGUUAAUCCUCUUGAUGGACUGAAUGCAACAGAUGUUCUAACUGCAAUUCAAAAUGCUACAGGUCCAAGGCCUGCACUAUUUGUUCCUGAAAUUGCUUUCGAACUGUUAGUCAAACGGCAGAUAAAGAGGCUGGAGGAUCCUAGUCUUCGUUGCGUUGAGCUUGUGUAUGAAGAGCUGCAAAGGAUUAUACAGCAUUGUGGCAAAUUUAUUCGAGAUUUACAGCGAUUUGGAAAUCUUCAUGACAAGAUUGUAGAAGUAGUUACGGCACUAUUGAGAACAAGACUUCAGCCGACGAAUCAGAUGGUGGAGCAUCUAAUUGGUAUUGAGCUGGCAUACAUUAAUACAAACCAUCCCGACUUUGUUGGAGGUGCAGCCGUUGUAUCUGACUGGAUGCAGAAAGAGGCUACACAAAAACGAAAACACAAACCACAACAGAGCGAAUCAAAGGCUGUUACUGACAAAGAGAAAGACAAGAAGACUUCAGCCGGUGUAAAGUCCGAAGGCAGUUUUACUGGAUUUCGGCUGUUUAGCAGUCAGCCUGUAAAAAAGGAGGAAGCUGCUGAGGUGGCUGAGUCAGAGAAUGAAGCAGAUAAGGUGACGGGUGCUGCUUUGUCAAGCGGCACAUCGGUGGACAAACCUCCACAGAGCGACUAUCCGUUUGACAAUCACACGAAGUCUUUAGUUGGGACUCUUGAGUUGACCGGUAAGCAGAGAAUGGAGGUUGAAUUAAUUGUGAGUCUGAUUAGGUCGUAUUUUCUAAUUGUCAGGAAGAAUAUUCAGGACAGUAUACCUAAGGCGGUUAUGCAUUUUCUUGUGAAUCACGUUAAGGAAAGAAUUCAAAGUGAAUUGGUUGGAGCUCUUUAUAAGGAGGCGGCAUUUGAUGAACUUCUAGAAGAAUCUGAACAAAUUGCAGUGAGACGGACCGAGGCGGCUGAAAUGCUUGCAGCUCUUCGGAAGGCAUCGCAGGUCGUAAGUGAAGUACGUGAUGUGCAGUUGUGAGGAACAAUCAGAUAGAGGCGAGGCGAGUGGUCACGUGGUCAUGAAAAGUUUUGUGUGGUUAAUUAAUGAGAUUCUUAAUAUUGCACAGUUUUGUGCAAUCGCCUUGUGUACAAAGUUUGCCGAUAUUACGUAUGUAUACCAUUGGCUGUAUGCAAUUUUUGCAGUCGGCGUUAUUCAGAUGGAAAUUCAACAUGGACUCAUUUGCAAAUUGUCAUAAUUAGUCA